UAUUAUUUUAAUUAAUAUUUUAAUGAUGCUGAGAAAAGAAACAGGCCUGUUUUGAGGAGACCCACCCACCCACUGACUGACUGACUUUCGGGUGUUGCCCAUUCUAUCUAGGGCUUGGAAAGAGGAAGAAUGAGGGCUUCGAUCAAACGGCCGCCUACUCCAGACGCAGAAGAGGAAGAUGAAGAUCGAGAGCCAACUCUUGAAGAAAUUAUUAACAUUAAAUUGAUCGAGAGUGGAGAGAAAGAGCGAUUGAAGGAGCUUUUGAGGGAAAGGCUUAAUGAGUGUGGUUGGAAAGAUGAGAUGAAGUCUCUCUGCAGGUCAUUUACAAGGAAAAAAGGAAGGAAUAAUGUAACAGUUGAUGAUCUUGUUCAUCUCAUUACCCCCAAGGGCAGAGCUGCUGUUCCUGAUUCAGUGAAAGCUGAGCUAUUACAAAGAAUCCGAUCUUUUCUUCAUUCAACGGCUCUCUGAAUUCUGCCUUUAUUAUUAGUAUGCAGCAGCUGUUGUUCCUGAUUAAUAAAAGCUUGGUACUGUUACUUGCAUCUAGUUUGUGUUGUAUAACUAAUUAGUAAGGGUCUGCAGUGCACAUUUCUUUUAUUCAUAGAUUGAUUGAUAUACUCUUUAAUUUUGAUUUGGUCUCCUAUAUAUGCGAAAUAUAAAUUUCCAGAUUAAAUGA